ACAGCGACCAUUAACUAAAAUCAUGGCAACUGCCAGUAAUGAGGUGCACCAUCCUGUAGAUCCUGGAAUCUCGAAGCUGCAGUUUGCUCCCUUCAGUAGUGCCUUGGAUGCAGGAUUCUGGCACGAACUAACCCAGAAGAAGCUCAAUGAGUACCGAUUGGACGAGACCCCAAAAGUUAUCAAAGGAUACUACUACAAUGGUGAUCCUUUGGGUUUGCCAGCUCGCUUGACUUUGGAGUUUAGUGCCUUUGAUAUGAAUGCUUCAAUUCCAGCGCGUUGCUGUCCUGCUUUCGGAACGUUGUAUAAUACCAACACUUUUGAGACUUUCAAGUCCUGUGAUAAGAAAUCUCUUCUGGAAAAAGAAGCAAAUGAGAUAUGGGAAUCAAUAAAAUCUGGAGCUGCUCUUGAAAACCCUAUGCUCUUGAACAGGUUUCUGCUGCUGACCUUUGCAGAUUUAAAAAAGUAUCAUUUUUAUUACUGGUUUUGCUACCCUGCUCUCUGCUUCCCUGAUGGAAUACAUAUAAUUCAUAAACCGGUGUGUCUUGGUGAUAGAUUCCCAUUAAAUCAGAUUCAAGCACUUCAGAAGGCAUAUGAUGAACUUUGCCAGGAAGAGGGUGUUACAGCCUUGCCUUAUUUUUUAAUCAAGUAUCAUGACAAUUCUGUUGUGAUAUCUCUACCAAAAAGGUGGGAUGGUUUCUUCCAAGACCAAGGGGGAAAGGUGACAGUUGGAGUUUAUGAUCCAUGUAAUUUAUCCCACUAUCCAGGAUGGCCACUGAGAAAUUUCCUGAUCCUGGCAGCCCACAAAUGGGGCAGUAUUCUCCAGUCAGUUGAAGUGCUCUGCUUCAGAGAUAGGACCAUGCAAGGGGUGAGAGACAUAACACACAGCAUUAUCUUUGAAAUAAAACUUCCAGAAAGAGCCCUUGGCCCAGAUUGUCCAAAAGCUGUUGGAUGGGAGAAAAACCAAAAGGGAGGCAUGGGUCCAAGGAUGGUGAAUCUCAGUGAAUGCAUGGAUCCGAAAAGGUUAGCAGAAUCAUCAGUGGAUCUUAAUUUGAAAUUGAUGUGCUGGCGGUUGGUGCCUACUCUUGAUUUGGAAAAAAUUGUGUCUGCCAAGUGUUUGCUGCUAGGAGCUGGUACACUGGGUUGUAGUGUUGCAAGGACUUUGAUGGGUUGGGGAGUCAGGAAGAUUACGUUUGUGGACAAUGCAAAGAUCUCCUACUCCAACCCAGUACGACAGCCACUGUAUGAAUUUGAAGACUGUCUUAGUGGUGGGAAGCCUAAAGCACUUGCAGCAGCAGACAGGCUGCAGAAAAUCUUCCCAGGAGUGAGUUCAGAAGGCUAUAACAUGAGCAUCCCUAUGCCAGGCCACCCAGUGAAUUUUUCUGAAGUAACAAUGGCACAGGCUCGGAAGGAUGUGGCUAAACUCGAAGAGCUUAUUGAUGCUCAUGAUGUUGUUUUCCUCCUAAUGGACACUAGAGAGAGUCGAUGGCUUCCUGCAGUCAUUGCAGCCAGCAAGAGGAAGUUGGUCAUCAAUGCUGCAUUGGGAUUUGACACAUUUGUUGUUAUGAGACAUGGACUAAAGAAACCAAAACAGCAAGAGUCUGGUGAUUCAUGUUUCAACAAUGCCUCUGGUUCUUCUGAUCUUUUGGGAUCAUCACUCUUUUCAAAUAUCCCUGGCUAUAAACUGGGUUGCUACUUCUGCAAUGAUGUUGUGGCACCAGGGGAUUCCACCAGGGAUCGAACAUUGGAUCAGCAGUGCACAGUCAGUCGACCUGGAUUAGCCAUGAUAGCUGGAGCUCUUGCAGUGGAACUAAUGGUUUCUGUUUUACAGCAUCCAGAAGGUGGUUAUGCUGUGGCCAGCAGUAGUGAUGACAGAAUGAAUGAACCACCUACUUCUCUUGGACUUGUUCCUCAUCAGAUCCGUGGAUUUUUAUCAAGAUUUGAUAAUGUUCUUCCAGUCAGCCUGGCGUUUGACAAGUGCACAGCCUGUUCAACCAAAGUCCUUGACCAGUAUGAGCGAGAAGGGUUUAAUUUCCUAGCUAAAGUUUUUAAUUCUUCACAUUCCUUCUUAGAAGACUUGACAGGUCUAACUUUAUUACACCAGGAGACACAGGCUGCUGAG